AUGAUUGAAAAUCAGCUGGAAGACGUCGUGUACCAGUCAAAGAUUCAGCACUGGCUUGAGUCUCGAGACUGUGCUCAAGAAAUUUUUGAGGAAAGUGGUCUUUUCACGACAAACAGGCCGAAGACAGGCAAUCUCAGGCACUACAACAUGGCCCAGUCUUACCUGCGAAAAGUCAGCCUUGCCACCAGCUCCAAGGCAACAACAAAGCUCAUGAGGUGCAUAAACAUUUUUGCUCACGACUCUGCACUGUAUGCUCGUUUUGUCGUUCUACGGCCACCUGACUACGAAAAUCAGACAUAUUACUCAACCAGCGACCCAGCAGACGUAUCUGCAUCUUAUGUGUCCAUUCGUGAAGCCUUGAAUCUCCACAAUACUAUCCCACCGGAAAACCCAUUGGAUUCCGAAGACAAACAGAUCCAAUGGACGCUUAAAAAAUUCUUUCCAUCCAUCAAGUCAGAACAUUCCUCAACUUCAUCUCAUCAAGUAGUACAUUCUAAUUACAUCAUCUAUAGCAGUCAGAUUCUCGUCGACCAAACCAAACAAGCCGCGUCCGAUGCCUACGAGAGUGCCAAAAAGGUCACCGAGCAAGGCGCUUUUGCCUUGACCGACGAUCUGAGACCAGGCGGUGAGCCUGGUGGCAAGGGAUUGGCAGGCGAUCCAGGACCGGGGAGUGGACCUUGA